GCUUCGCUGUCAUUCGAAACUGUCAUAGUCUAAGCGAAACCGGUGGCGCCUCUACCGUGUCGCCGACGAAUCACGUGGCAACGCUGCGAAAUCCCUUCUUUUGCCUGAUAGCUGUCAACGAGUGCACAUGGUAUAUGAAAAGAGAGAUAAUGGACAAAUGAAUCAGAAUGGCAGACCUAAUGAUGGCAAUUAUACUGGUAAUGGAAUUGGUCAACCGAUCAAUGUUUUAAAUAGUAAUGAUUCUUACCAAGGACGUGGCAAUAUGGAUAUGCCUAACCUGCAAACACUUGGAUUAAAUUCCCAAGGGCAAAAUACUAAUGGGCAAAAUCUUACCAAUAUGGGUUUAGCAGCGCUUAAUGCCCUUCCCAUGAAUCCUGCUCUUGUUGCAGCAGCCCUUAAUCAAGUUGGAUGGGGAGGUUUACUUGGCAAUCUUCAGCAGCAAUUACCCCCAGGAAAUUCAGGAAAUAAUCAAGGGUUUAGCUCAGGCCCAAUGAAUAACUAUGGUUCACCAGGACCAAACAAUCAACAGCAACCGGGUCAGAAUGGUCCAACUAACAAUUAUUUGAACUGGAUGCCACAACAGCCUAAUGGUAGCCAACAGACAUUUUGAUUUGGAUUUCGUUACUUGCUGCAUAAAGACUGGAUAUAAUUUCUGGCAAUUUUUAUUUGUGGUAUGUGAGUAAAUAUUGGAUGUGAUACUACAAUGUAUAUUGAAUGACUUUAUAUAACAUUUUCUUAUAUAUGGAAAAAUAUAAAUAGAUUUGAAUAUGUUUUUUUUUUUUAAGUGUUACUAAUUGGUUCU